AAAACGGUAUCUCGCCAUCUCACCAUGCUUGCGUUCAAAUGCAUAUUCACAUCUUUUCUAAAAUCCUUUUCGACAGGAGCAGAAUGUUUUCGUUUGCUGGAGUAGUUUGUGACGGGAUUUAAUUCGCUUUUGUUUGUAUGCAUGCUCGAGAACUAGGGAAUAUAUAGGCUAGAUAAAUGUACAUACAACUGCGUGUUUAUACCACUGGGCGAAUUUUUAUGAAUAUCCCCCUACACACCACAGGCAGAGACAAUAAAGAGAACCGAGAGACAUUGAAUUGGAUUUGUUUGGCGUUCUCCCGGUAACGUUCUCCAGGUAACGUAUAUGUUUUUCAUAACAUCAAGAGAUCCAGACCCAAAAGCAGGCACACCGAGUCGUCUUGUAUGUGAAGGGCCUUGAUGGACAGGGCUGGGUGGUUGUGCUGCUGACUGUAUGCUGCCUGCUGCAGUGGCCUCUAGCGACCACAGGGAGGCAGCCCGGCACCAAGCCCCACAUCUUCUAUGCUGUGGAGAUAGAUGGAGACACCAGAGCCUCAUGAGCCGUGGCCGAGCAGCACGGGCUACAGUUCAUAUCACGGAUAGGCAACCUGGAGGACCACUUCACCCUGAGAGACAGCAGGGGGCGCCCUGACAGAGUUCCCCUGGAGAACACACUGGCAGAGAGAGCAGGGUUCUCUAGGUGAGGUGCGUCCAGAGUCAACAGACUCACUACAGAGACAAGAGAGCUGUUAUCAGAGGACUGGACCGCAACACACACCACAAGUUGCAGGAGCAGCAGAGUGAGUUACCCAGCCGUCGUCAGGACACUUUGAAGACUGAAGACCAACUGGGUCAUUCCCUGACCUUCAACGACCCUCUCUGGCCCAAGCAGUGGGAACUGUUCAACCAUGGCCAAUACAGCUCCAGACACUUUGACCUGAACGUGAUGCCAGUAUGGAGCAGGAACAUCACAGGGAAUGGAGUGGUGGUCAGCAUUAUCGAUGACGGUGUGGAUCAUACAAACAUGGAUCUGAAGAGAAACUUUUCAUGGCGCCAGGUGUGCAGGGGAAGUGGCGUGGGCAUCGCCUUCAACGCCAGGAUCGGUGGUAUCCGUCUGCUGGACGGCACGGUGACGCACUCCAUGGAGGCCACAUCUCUGACCUUCAACGACGACUUCAUUAAUGUGUACGUGUGCUGCUGGGGCCCGCGGGACGACGGACAGGAGAUGGCUGGGCCGGGGACACUCACACAGAAAGCACUGAGGCUGGGCACGCAGAAGGGGCGAGGUGGAAAAGGCAGUAUCUUUGUGUGGGCGUCUGGUAAUGGUGGGUUGGUGAACGACCACUGUGGAGCAGACGGCUAUGUCAACAGUGUCUACAGCAUCGCCAUCGGGGCUGUCACUCACACAGGCAAGCCCGCCUUUUUCGGUGAGCCCUGCCCUACCGUCAUGGCUGUCACUCUAACUGGAGCCAAUUUGGGAAACACACUACCCCUAGUGACAGUGUCCAAUCUAGGGGAUGGUUGUGUCACCCACUUUGCGGGGACAUCCAGUGCUGCACCCAUCGCGGCUGGGAUUCUGGCCCUUGUCCAGGAGGCCAAGUAA